GUUUCUCUCUGUCUGUCUGGGAUUGUGACACCGGGCCGUCUGAGGAGCAGGGAGCAGGGAAUGAAUACAUUGCGUCCUGGCUUAGAGGUGGAAAGUCACUUAUUGAGUGACAGAGACUGACUGGCCGGGAAUGGCUGCGGGAACGCGCUAUGCGGGGAAGGUGGUGAUUGUGACCGGGGGCGGGCGCGGCAUCGGAGCUGGGAUCGCAAGAGCCUUCGUGGACAGUGGGGCCCAAGUGGUUAUCUGCGACAAGGAUGUGUCAGGUGGCCAGGCCCUGGAGCAGCAGCUUCCGGGAGCCGUCUUUAUCCCCUGUGAUGUGACUCAGGAAGAAGACGUGAAGACCCUGAUUUCCGAGACCAUCCUGCGAUUUGGCCAUCUGGAUUGUGUGGUCAACAAUGCUGGCUACCACCCACCCCYGCAGUGGUUGGAGGAGACCUCAGCCCAGGGAUUCCGGCAGCUUUUGGAGCUGAACCUUCUGGGGACUUACACCGUGACCAAGCUCGCCCUCCCCCACCUGAGGAAGACCCAAGGCAACGUCAUCAACAUCUCCAGUCUGGUCGGGGCCAUUGGCCAGUCCCAGGCCGUUCCCUAUGUGGCCACGAAGGGGGCAGUAACGGCCAUGACCAAAGCCUUGGCCCUGGAUGAGAGCCGAUAUGGCGUCCGAGUCAACUGUAUCUCCCCAGGAAACAUCUGGACCCCAUUGUGGGAACAGUUGGCAGCCUUAACACCAGACCCCAGGGCCACAMUCCAGGAGGGCACCUUGGCCCAGCCCCUGGGCCGCAUGGGCCAGCCAGCUGAGGUGGGGGCCGCAGCCCUAUUCCUGGCUUCUGAAGCCAGCUUCUGCACAGGCAUUGAGCUCCUUGUGACUGGGGGUGCAGAGCUGGGGUAUGGAUGUAAGGCUGCUCCGGGCACCCCUGUGGACCUCCCCACUUGCCCUUCUUGAUUGCCCACAUUUUCACUGGAGCCUCCCUGCCCAGCAUUUCCCACCCYGAACUCCAGCCUGUCCCAUCUACCUCCCAGGUCCAGACCCCCCAGACUUUAACCCACCUAGGAAUGCACCGGAUCACCCCUUCUAGUCCCCCAAAGGCAAUCUGCAGUCAGAAGGAGAACAUGAUUAUAUGUAUUUCCUGCCCUUUAUACAAAUGUGAGCACACSAGGGUUACUGAGCCCACAAGUUGCCUCCACCCUGGAGGAUGACAGUUCCCUGAGGGCCUUGAAGCAGGUGCCCCAGUGGCUCACGAAUGCCAGGUA